AUGAAACUCCAUGGAGAGGUUAUGUUGAUGCUAAUUUAUUUGUUUUUAGCAAUUGAAAGUUAUUGGGUGGAUGGAGCAUCCUCCAAAGUGCCUUGUUAUUUCAUUUUUGGUGAUUCUUUGGUUGACAAUGGAAACAACAACAACAACAAAGGGGUUGCUAGAGCUGAUUACAAACCUUAUGGAAUUGAUUUUUCAAAGGAUAUGAUACCAACUGGAAGAUUUACCAAUGGUCGAAACAUGGCCGAUUUCAUCGCUGAGUUCCUGGGUUAUGACAAUUACAUCCCACCAUUUAAGAACACGAGAGGUUGGAACAUUCUCAAAGGAGUAAAUUAUGCAUCUGGAGCAGCAGGGAUUCGUGAUGAAACCGGAAUGGCACAGGGAGAAAGAUCAAGCUUCAACCAGCAAUUGGGACACCAUAAUGAAAUAAUUUCAAAAAUCAAUGAGUUAUUGGGAAACAAAAGCAAAGUUGAAAAUCAUCUUAAUAGUUGCUUAUACAUGGUUAAUAUUGGUGGGAAUGAUUAUCUUAAUAAUUAUUUUAUGCCGCUUUACUACAAAACAAGUGCCCAAUUUACUCCACAACAAUAUGCCAUUGCUCUAAACAAACAGCUCUCCAACCAAUUCAAGGCACUAUAUGAGAAUGGAGCUAGAAAAAUAGCAAUUUUUGGAUCAGGGUUGGUAGGAUGUACUCCAUAUGCAAUGGCUCACUUUGAUCACAAAGGAUCUCCAUGUGUUGACAAAAUCAACAAUGCCAUUCAACUUUUUAAUAUUGGCCUCAAGUCCCUUGUUAAUGAAUUUAAUACCAAUUUUGGUACUGCCAAGUUUAUCUUCAUUGAUGCCUUCAACAUUGCUCUUCAUGAUACUUCCAACCUAGGUCAAAUAAUUAAAGAUACUCCUUGUUGCGAAAUUCGAAGUGAUGGGCUGCAAUGUGCUCUUCUUGGCAAAGUUUGUGGUAAUAGAAGUGAAUAUGUGUUUUGGGAUGGAGUUCACCCAACUGAGAUUGGCAUGAGGACACUAGCCAGCAGAGCUUUCAAUGCCCAACAUCCUAAUGAUACUUACCCCUUUGAUAUUAACCAUUUAGCUCAACUAUAAUCAUGUAUAUAUAUAUAUA